AUGCCUUUGACCAAAUCCCGACCCAGUGCCUCGGAGGCGGAGGGCAGCAACCGACCGCCGCCGCUUCGGACAGCUCAAACAGAUGACCUCAAUCACUUCACGGAUACUCAGGUGGGUGAGGAUCUGAGUUUGGAGGAGCAGACUGCUGUGUUGCAAGCGAUGACCCUGGAGUCACCUCCCGGAGUCCAGUCAUCGUCUGUCGUAUCUCAGCCAUCUCCCAGUAUCGUCCAAUCACCAGCCAGCAUUUCCACUGAAUUUAGCUACCGGAGUGUUGCACCAACAUCAACCCCAGCGACACCGAUCACGCCUCUGUCUCCCACAACCUCAAACCCUGCUCCUCCGCAAUCCAAAUUCGCGUCAGCUUUGCAGGAUGUCAGACAUUUUGCCGGAGGACUAAUCAGCCACCCUUACGAAUCAACCAAGCACUUCUCGAUUCUUCGGCAUUCAUUUGGCAUUGUCUACUACACUGGACCAUCCACGAAUCUUGCAAUCACAAUCUUCUCUGACCGGGAGCUGCCUUCUGACCGAACCCUAUGGUUGCAGCGGAGAGGAUUCUCGGGUAAGACCGGUCUAAAACUUGGAGGGCUUCUGGGUGCCAGGAGCACUUGGAUCGAUGUAACCCCGUCCAUUCAGGCUGCAGCUGAGCAGGUGAGCCCUAACGACGAGCGUGCGUGGCAGAGGGAUAUCAAGAAGUUCUUGAAGAAGGCUCCGAAAGAGCUUCGAUCUCAUCGCCCGCGUGAGACCGACAUACUUCGGAUCCCUUGCGAGGCCGACGACGGCUACCUGAGGGUGGUCCUAUGCACAGAAGGUGGGAAACGUACUCUAUGCGGUAGUCCAAUCUUCCGGCUGGCGUCAUCCUCGGCAGACUCCAGUGUGGUCAGGGGCUCGUCACUCAAAACAAUGCCACUAGAAGCGGGCAUCAAGUUUGCAGCAACUGUGGGAAGACAAUUCGUGACAGCUACGGCCGGUCCAUAUAUCAGCACGGCACGGGAGGCGGUCACAAAUCAGAUAACUUCGGUCUAUCAACCAAGUGCUGUAGCACAGCAGGCCAUGACUACCGCCUACGAUCAAAGCGGAGUCCAAGACCGCUUAGACAACAUGAACGAAGAGUACGAUACAGCUCGGGACGACUCUUACAACCGCAUCGAGAUGCAGGAGUAUGAUGCUCUUGAUCGACCAGCUGUGGUUGGGCCCGCAUCUGGGCCAGUACCGCCGUUUCCUGUGCGAUUCCAUGGGAAAGUUGUCGCUGGCACCGGCAGAAGCAGGGCAUCGUUGAACAUGCCCACAGCGAAUCUGACAAGUGUCCCGGAGGAAAUUCUUAUGAGAUACAAAGGAGUCUACUUCGGCUGGGCGGCGGUGAACCUGCCAAAGAAGCUUGCUCAAGCGGAAGGCAUAACAUACGAAUGGCGCCAAGCCAUCAUCACAAUCUCACCAGAUCCGGAUAGAAGAAGAACAGUCAUCCACAAGAACAACGCACGAGUUUACCUGAUCCACGAGUUUGGUUCUGUUGAUUUCAUGGAUGCUAAGCUAUCUGUGAUGAUGAUGGGCUAUCUACGAGCGAUCGAAGAGCCACGGCUCGAUCAGGAGCCGGAUCCAGAAGCGGAGUUGUUCGAUUUCUACAAGGAUGUUAGCAUCACGAAUGCAAGUCUGGCUCGACCGGCAUGGUCUGUAACAGCGACAAUGGAACGCGAGAAAUCGAAGGCAUCCAGCCGAUCGGUCUCGGAGCGCUAUGUCGACUUCAGGCAGAACACGCAAAGGCAGAUCGAUCGAGUGCCCGUGCAUCGACUUGGUGUACGAACAGAAGGAGCGGCCUUGAAGGACAGACUGAUCGGACAAGGUGGAGUGUGGAUUCCAAGAUCAGCCAUAACUCACGCGGCUACGUCCUGA